GCUCACUUGGGCCACGUGUGCUCUCCCCGGUCGGCAAACCCCGCCUCGUCCCUACCACCAUCACCGCUUUGUUUCUUCCUCCUCCUCCUCCUCCUCCUCUCUCUCGAAGGAACGAACCUCAAAGAGCCAAAAUACGAAACCCUUCUCCCUCCUCCUCCUCCUCUUCGAUCCCUUCCCCCUCCCCAUCUCUCUCUCUCUCUUCUCCUAUAAAGUGAUCCAAAUCCCCUUCGUGUACCGCAACGCUCCCUUUCUUCUUCGAUCGAUUCGGGUUGUGGUUACGAUUUUAUAGGGGGGGGUUAAAUUUGGUGACUUGGGGGAUGUCGUUCUUCGUCGGGUUGGUCAUGGGGAUCGCGUUCGGGAUCGGGCUCGUGAUGGCCUUCGUACGGUUCGAGAAUUCGCGGGCGAAGCAGCGAAGUGAGCUGGCUGCUGCAGUCGCAGCUUUUUCAAAGAUGACCAUUCAAGAUAUAAGGAAACUUCUUCCUCCUGAAUUUUACCCAUCAUGGGUUGUUUUUUCACAGCGCCAAAAGUUGACCUGGCUCAACCUCGAAUUGACGAAAAUCUGGCCUUAUGUUAAUGAGGCUGCAUCAGAGCUGAUAAAAACUUCUGUAGAGCCGAUUCUUGAGCAAUAUAGAUCUGCCAUCUUGGGUUCGCUCAAAUUUUCGAAGCUAACACUCGGUACUGUCGCUCCGCAGUUUACAGGUGUUUCUACCAUUGACGAUGACAGCUCUGGAAUAACUUUGGAGUUAGAGAUGCAAUGGGAUGGUAAUCCAAACAUUGUGCUUGAUAUCCAGACCACAUUUGGCAUGGCUCUUCCUGUACAGGUAAAAAACAUUGGCUUCACUGGUGUAUUUCGAAUAAUCUGUAGACCUCUGGUGGAUCAAUUUCCCUGCUUUGGAGCUGUCUCUUAUUCUUUGAGAGAAAAGAAAAAGCUCGACUUCACCCUCAAGGUUAUCGGUGGUGAAAUAUCGGCUAUUCCUGGAAUUUCAGAUGCUAUUGAGGGUACAAUACGUGAUGCUAUUGAGGACUCAAUUACAUGGCCUGUGCGCAAAGUUAUUCCUAUUAUACCUGGUGAUUACAGUGACCUGGAGCUAAAACCUGUUGGAGUUUUGGAAGUGAAACUUGUGCAAGCAAGGGAUUUAACAAACAAGGACAUAGUGGGAAAAUCUGAUCCUUUUGCCGAACUAUACAUACGCCCAUUACGUGACAGAAUCAAGAGAAGCAAAACAAUUAACAAUGACUUAAACCCCAUCUGGAAUGAGCACUAUGAGUUUAUAGUUGAGGACUCAUCUACUCAGCAUUUGACGGUAAAAAUCUAUGAUGAUGAAGGAAUUCAAAAAGCGGAGCUAAUUGGUUGUGCUCGAGUAAGUUUAAGGGACCUUGAGCCAGGAAAGGUGAAAGAUGUCUGGUUGAAUCUUGUUAAAGAUUUGGAAGUACAGAGAGACAGGAAAAAUCGUGGUCAGGUACACCUAGAGCUUCUUUAUUGUCCCUUUGGAAUGCAAAAUGGUUUCGUUAACCCUUUUGCCAGUAAAGUGUCAAUGACUUCUCUGGAGAAGGUCCUCAAAAGCGAGGUGAACGGAUCCGAGGCUGGUGAUAUUGAAGGGAAAGCAAAGCAGAGGAAAAGGGAUGUUAUUUUGAGAGGAGUGCUUUCGGUGACUGUUAUAUCUGCUGAGGACUUGCCUGCGAUGGAUCUGAUGGGAAAGGCCGACCCGUUCGUCGCGCUCACAAUGAAGAAAACUGAGACGAAAUAUAAAACAAGGGUAGUAAACGAUAGCUUGAAUCCCACUUGGAAUCAAACUUUUGACUUCGUCGUGGAAGAUGGCCUUCAUGAUAUGCUUAUUUUGGAAGUCUACGACCACGAUACUUUUAGAAAGGAUUAUAUCGGAAGAUGCAUAAUGACGCUGACGAGAGUUGUACUGGAAGGUGAGAUUACAGAUAGUUUUCCGUUGGAGGGAGCUAAAUCCGGUAAACUGAACCUGCACCUCAAGUGGAUGCCGCAGCCGAUAUACCGUGAUUCGUGAGUCCAAUUCGAUUUGUUCUCUCUCAAUCUCUAUCUUGAGGGCUUUUUCGCGCAUUACGCUUUGAUUAGCAGCUGCAGAAGCAGCAGUUCCAGAUCAGGCUCUACUCCAGCUGCAAAUGGUUGUAUAUUAGUUUCUUUGUGGUUGUGAUAUAUGAUCUCCAAAAAUAUGGCAUCUCUUUGUUUUCUUUAGUAAUUAGUAUAAAUGAUGAGUGUAAAUCACGAUGUACAUGCGGGGCGCAUAAAAUGGACGGCGGAGAUAGCUUCGCCAGUGUCUGGAAUACCGAGUUUAAUGGACCAGGUUUUUAGUUAAUUCUUGAAAUGUCGAAAUAUGUUAGUUACUUA